CGCGGCGCAGACGACAGCUGGGAAUCACAGUUAAGAAUGUCUCCUAUCACAUCCAAUGCUAGGCAUUGGAAACACGUCGAUCCUAAAUUCAGCUUUGCAAAAUGGAAGAAAAAAGAAUUGAAAAGGAGAAAAUGCAACGUUAGUGUUGGGAAGUGUCACUACCACAGACAGUAUGGGCAUGGCAUGCCAAUAAACUUGCCAAAAAUUUAUAAAAAACAGACUAGAAGUUUUAGAGGAUUCUGCAAGUUUGCACAUUUACUACUAACUGAAUUUCCUCAAGGAGUGCAAAAUGUUAUUAAAAAAAAACAAGUGUAUCGAAAUAAUGUCUUCACAGAGGAUGGAGGUGUUGAGAAGCCACUUUCACCUAAACCCUCAUCCUUGAGAAAAUAUGUUGAGAAAUACUUAAGUAAAGCCCAAGUGGAGAAUAAAUAUAUCCAAGACUCCAAUACUGUUAACCUGUGCGCUGAGAAAUUAAGCACACUUGCAGAGGGAGCUAACAUUGUUGACAAAGAGGUAUUUUUAAGAACGCUUGUGGAGCAACAGCGGGAGACUCCUGAAGUGUCAGCCGUGACUGUCACGCUCUCGGACAAUUACGGGGAUGAUAAUACUACCAUACCAGUUCAGUAUUUUCUCCGAGUUCAGGAGGUUCUCACUGAUGUUCUGAAUCGUCUUCGAUAUCCACACCAGCUCCUUCCACAGAGAUACUAUCAAAUGUUUCAGGUCUACAGCCCUGACUGUAUACGUCCCAUGCCUAUGAAUGAGAAGAUCUACCAGGACCAGGUGACCGGCGUACAGAAUUACACCUAUCUUGUCCGCAGACUGACCUCGCACUAUAAGGGGGAGGAGGAUGAGAAGCUGGUGUACUGUAAAGAGCUGCUAGGUGUUGACAAGAAUUUACGAGUGUGGCGAUACAUGGAGGUCAAGAUGGGGCGUGCCAGGCUGCUUAGGGCGAAGAUUAUGGCCAGGGCUGAAAUAAUACGACUCAUGGAGGCUGUUGAAGAACCGAGGUUGAUUGUAAGAGACAAGACAACAAUAGAAUUGCUGUGUCAAUUGGUGAAGAUGGGCUUUCUGAGUGAUCCAGAAAGGGAGGUGUUCAAGUGUGGUGAGGAGAAUGAGUUACAGAAAGAACAUUAUGACGAUGCAAAACAAAGUUACGUCCCUCAGAGAGACUUGGGGAACCAGAGGAACAAAAAGAUCAAACUGUUGCACCACAAUGUUACACCCUACAUCACAGAUCAAGAUUUUGGGGGAAGAAAUUACCAUUGGUGCCCUGACUACGGGUACCUGCAGCGUAUAUUUCACUUCUGCCAUGAUAAGGAUAUCACAGCAGUCCUACAGGUACUGCGUGGAGAGUUACAACAGUUGAAGAUCCAGUACGAGGUUCUUCUCUCCACGCCACCUGACAUAUUGUAUGCUGAAGACGAGAGUGUGCUGCUGGAUUGUUUGCGUGACGAAGGAGUGAAGGCCCAAAAAUACCAGGACACACAUGAAAAGUUCUUAAAGAGUCUUGAAGAACACCACCAAAGAGUAAGUGGGGAAUAUUUUAACUUAAUUCAAAGCAGGAAUGCAGCCUGGGAUCAGUAUGAGAAUUUAAUACACAAAGUUCAUAGCUACAAGUUUAUAUUAGAAAGUUAUGCAGAAAAAUGUGCCAAGAUGAAAGCAACACUUAAAUGGCAUAAACUGCAAAAGUACAAAGAAUUAAUCGAAACAACACGUAAUGAAUGUAUAGCAUGUGAAACAAAGCUGAUGUGUACCAUUAACAAUGUUAUACUGGAAAUAGGAAAAAUCAUUACUCAAAAGCAACCACAAACCCUGGAUCACAUGGAGGCCAGAUCAAACAUGCAGAGAACUCAUCCAUGCCAAAGUUUUGAGACGCACAAAUUUAAAUACUUGACUACUAUUACAGCUCAGAAAGAUAUGGAACACUCUGGGGGAAGAUGCAUCAUACUGAAUAAUAAUGCUGCUCCAGUGAUGAAAACAAAUACUACACAAAAGGACAGUAUUGCUACAAUCAGUGUUAGGGAGAAUGUAAUGGAGGGACAUCACAGAGUAGUGCCAGACAAGAGCCCAGCAAUCAGUGAUUGGGUAAAAGCAGCAUUGGGUAGUGACUUUGUGGUUAACAAUAUGAAACAUGCACUUACCGCUAUGACUACAAUAAUUAGUAAACGUGGACCUAAACUUGGCCACAGAGUUGGCGCUGUAACUCCGGGAGAGAAUUCAUUUUUAAUUUUCCUUCAAAAGAUGUUAGCAAACAUGGGCUUAUUUUUAAAGGAACAUGUAUACCGUUAUCAGCAUAAACAGUUUUGUAGGUGGGACAAAAUUUAUGAGAAAACUAUGGUUGCCAUGAAGGUGAUGAAAAGAAGGAAUGGCCUGGCCACAGUAAAUGAAAGGGAACAAAGAAUGAGGAGAAAAUUUGCAAACAGAAAAAUAUAUUUUAACACAUUAAGCAGAUAUCUUUCCUGCAAAGAACAAAAUAAAGCAGCUAUUAUAAAGAAUGCAAAGAACAGACUGAUCAGCAAAAAAAAUACUCAAUUCCUCAUUUGGGAUCUUAUACAAAAGAAUAAGAUGUUUGCUAAAUAUGAUAAAUACUUAAAACUAACAACGCAAAAAAAAAAAACCAACUAGAAAAC